CCCAAGCUGUCCAAUCAAAUUAGUUAUUCCACUCCAUGUUCCCACCCCCUUAGACACCCCCAUGACGCUAUAUAAUUGUAUGAUAGCCUAUUUGUGCUUUAAGGGAGCACAGGAAACCAAUCUGGCAACCCUUGGCGCCCAGCAGCUUACGCGUGUCAGUAUUCUUCUGGAUUCUUCCUCCUGAGGUGAAUGUGUCGUCCGGCUGUGGUUUGUGUGGUGCUCGCCGCAUGGGCGUGCGGAUUCCCAGCGCCAGCAUCAUGCGGCGUUUAUUUCAAUUACAGACCCGUGAUCGGUGUUUUAGCCCAAGAGAACUUGGAAAGUGACCAUCAAGCCAAAGGAUCCUCCUAUAUAGCUGCUUCCUAUGUGAAGUAUUUGGAGUCGGCUGGUGCCAGGGUUGUGCCCAUAAGGAUAAAUGAGACAGAAGAGGAAUAUAGCAAAAUUUUCUACUCAAUAAAUGGGUUGUUGCUGCCAGGUGGAGAUGUGGAUCUUCAGAAGUCCCAGUUUAGUAGAGUGGCCAAGAUUUUCUAUGAACUAGCAAUCAAGGCCAAUGAUGCCUCUGAUUAUUUUCCAAUAUGGGGAACUUGUCAAGGCUUCCAACAGCUGAGUGUUCUGACCAGCAACAAGAAUCUGCUGACAUUAACCAACACUAAAGCCGUUGCCCUGCCUCUCAUCUUUGCUCCAGGAGCGCAGAACAGCAGGCUGUUCAAAAGCUUCCCAAAGGACCUCCUUCACUCGCUUUCUUCUGAGAACAUUACAUCCAACUUCCACAGCUGGAGCAUGUCUCUACAGAAUUUCACCCGCAACGCCAAACUCAAGCGCUUCUAUAAAGUCCUGACCACCAAUACAGACGGCAGGAAGGAGUUCAUUUCUACCAUGGAAGCUUACCGAUACCCGUUCUAUGCCGUUCAGUGGCACCCUGAGAAAAGCCCAUUCGAGUGGAUAGACAAGCCAGGCAUGAUCCAUUCCUUCUCCGCCAUUAGAGCCUCCUUCUACACAGCGAGCUUCUUCGUCUCUGAAGCUAUGAAAAGCCAACACCACUUUCCCACACCGAGCGAUGAGGAGAAGGCUCUUAUUUACAACUACAUUCCCGUUUUCAAAGGGGGGAACAGCAUCUUCAUUCAGAAUUACUACUUUGAUUAGACCUGUUCUUGGUAAAAAUCCAAGCUGAUAUUUGCUUUCUUUGUUUUAUUGCCAGAGCAGCAGCAUGUUAUGUUUCAUUUGCUCCUCUUUAAUUGUGCCAUAUUGUGAAUGCUUGUUUUAACAGAAACCGCCUCAAGCAAUCUAUGUUGCUUGAAUUAUUAUUAUUUUAUUUUUAUUUGUCUUGCUUGUUUUAGUGAUUUUGAACAGGCAAUCGCUGCAUGUUUAAGAUGAACCUCACCGAAUGUAGCAGUGCUGUCCGAUGUGAGUAGAUCAGCGACACUGUAUUAGUACCGAGGUUGUUCAACCAAUAGACUCUGGAGGUUUUGUCUUUUAGUCUGCAGGUUUCAUUGUACGUUUUACAAUACACUAGAAUAAAGCUCAGCAUGAAAAACUUUGAAACAAUGUCCUGUGUUCUUUCAUGCUUUAAAUGUUAGUUUAUGAACUGUUAUUGGCCAUAUACCUCUGUUGGUACUAACAACACUGUAUGAUCCAGUGAUUAAAAUAGGGCAAAAUGUUUCAUUAUUUGAGUAGCUUAAAUUUUCAUAUAAAGCACACGAUGUUGGUGUUUUGAAUGACUUGGUCAUUUCAGUCCUAAAAUGCUGACCUACAUGCUCAGAUUCCCAGGGAAAAACACACUGUAAGGCAAAGGUGUUGAAGCAACUUUUGUAUGAUCAUAUUUAAUUACACCAUUUUACUCAAAUAUUUCUCUUUUUUUUUUUUUUUUCUUUUUUCAGCCAUAUUGUACAAAGAGUGGUAUGUCUAGAACUGACUGCAGGCUACUUUAUACGUUGUCAUGUACCAUUUUUCAGUUUUGGGCAGUGGAGGCUCAAUGGUUAAGGCUCUGGGUUACUGAUCAGAAGGUCGAGCUGCCCCUGUUGGGCCCUCGAGCAAGACCCUUAACCCGAUUUGUUCCAGGGGGCUAUAUCAUGCUUGACCCUGUGUCCUGACCCCAGCUUCCUAACAAGCUGGGCUAUGUGGGGGGGGGGAAAGAAUUUCACUGUGCUGUAAUGUAUAUUUGACAAAGGCUUCUUCAUUUUCUUUCCUCAAGCUACUGUACAAAUUGCACCAGUAUGGUAGGUGUACCUGAUAUUUUGGCCACAGGGUGGGCCCAUUGUAAAAUCAGUCAUCCAAAUUAGAUUUUAUUUUUGUUUUCUCAUAACAGUCACCAUUCUUGAACAUCUGCUUUGAUUCUCUGAACAUUUAUUGUCUUGCAUUUCGAAACAGUCAAACCUAAAUUACCUUACAUCAAAUAACGAGAUUGGAGUUUGUCCGUACAAACGUUCCAUACAAAGCGGUUAAGAGGAUCUCCAUACAAAGCAUUCGAGAUAAACAUCAAAAUGAAAAAAAGUGCAGUUGCAAACAAAGCUGUACAGUUAGAGUACAAAAAAACUAUGCUUACUCUAUGAUUAUCAAGAUCUGCCUGUUCUAUGUGAUCAUGUUGAUGUGAUCAGUCAGCACUUUUUUUUUUUUUUUUUAAUUUUUUUUUUUUUUUACAAUGCAGGUAAUAGCAUACAGAAAACAGAUAUAAUGAAUUAUCCAAGACAUCUAGCUUUGCGAUAACGGUUUGGAUCGGUUUAAUACUGCCAACUGCUGAUAUGUGCUUCGGAUAUAUUACUAUAAUGGCAUCAUGCACAUUAAAUCAGUACAUUACACACAAACUGUCAAUUGUUAUAUAGAGUAGGUGGUUUAGUACAAAUAAAACAGUAACAAUUGUUAUAGUGUAACAUCACAACUGUAGUAACUAGUGAAUAAAGAUAAGUUACAGUUAACGUAAUAUGGAAACAUUCAUUAAAACAUGACGUUUCACAACUUGUGUAGUCAUAUUUCCAACUAAAUAAAAUGAUUUCACAAAACACAUUUGGACAGUGCCAUAACUGUUUCAGUAUUACUCUCAGAUUUAUAAGUAUUUUAAGAUUCUGUACAAUAUGUACUAAUUUCUCAUGUAGCCCAAUAGGUAUUAGGAGUCUGUCACCCAAAAUCUUGUCUGAAUGUAUCUGCCACAAAUCAUCUUGCCCAGUUCUUCAGUAGGAUCAGGCAGACUUCUUGGUGUGGUUUGGAACACAGUAUGACUUACUGUCAGGAGGGUCUGGUAUAAAGGUGCUCUCUUACAAGGAUCUAAUGUUUAAUUUUUGGAAUUCGUAUCAGAUUAUUUUGAACUUGAAUGGUAGGACAGAAUGGUAUGAAGAAGCAAGGCUGGUGCUGAUUACAGUCUAGCCCAGACUGUAGAUUUCCCAGAUAGCAAGGUGACAUUGAUUCAAUGUUGAAAUUCCAUCAGAAUCAUCAUUUCGGUUGACGUUGACUAGUCAAAGCUAAAUAAUAUUGAAUCAAUGUUGAUAAUUCACUGCUUUUCAGUGUUGAAAAGACAAACAGUG